UUUUGAACUGAUGUCUGUUUUAAUUAUUUUAAUACUUUUUUUAUUUUUUCUUCAGACGUUGGUCAUUACAAUCUUUGGAAGACAGGUCUGUCCGAUAAGUUCUCCACACUGACUGAUGACAAGGUGUCCGUGUUAUUCUGUUUUCUGUGUUCUGACUCCGGUCCUCCUGACUUCACUGACAAAGAGUGGCUGGACUUGCUUAAUGUGAUACGACAGAAAGUGUACGCUAAAGAGAAUCCUGUAACACGUGAGGAAGCACAGCACACUCUGGACAGACUGAAGUCACGUGAUUACCUUUGGGAAGAUCAGGAAAAGAUAACGGAGGACACAAAGGAUGAGACAAUGUAUAGGAUAGCAUCAAUAAACGGAGAUAUACCAUUCUGGUACAGUAGUUAUGACACAGCCUGUGUGUACCUGAGAUCAGAGAGAUACAACAGAGAACCUGGAGAGAAGUGUGUCAGUAGUGAGUGGCUUAGAUUCCUUACUGAUUCUCCGUCUACAGAUGAACAUACUGACUCACGUCACCAUGAAGGAUACAAAUAUCUAUGAUGAGAUACAGCAGAUAUUAAAUAUCCCAGAAAAUAAAAUCAAGAGCAGUAAAGAUGAACGAGAAAAAUUUCUAACGGAACUAAGAAGAGAAGGGGAGACUGUACAUUACAGAGGAAGAUCACAGGACAGUGUAGAUCACGUGACGUGGCUCUGGAGAAGCAAGGCUUGGGCGAGACCUGAUAUCGUGAGAUCCUGUAUAGGUCUCCAUUCACACUGGGAUCUUUAUAUCAUCGACAACAAAACCUAUAGAAAACCAAAUAAAAUCCUUAGCUAUCUACCGGAAGUCAGAUGUCAACUUUAUUGUUUACUUAUAUCUGAUAAAUAUCGGAUUAGUUUCAUUGAACAAUCACACAGAAUCACAAACGACAAAAUCAGACAGAGGUAUUUCCCUGAUAUUAUUGAUGACGGUUCGGUAGAUCUUCCUGAUGAAAUCACAGAAACACGUGACGGUGUGAUAACGUUUAUAUCAGAAGACAUCCGACAUGACGUCAUGUACGCCUUUGUUACGGAGUGUCUGGUGAAGGAUAGUGAUCUGGAGUUUUUCCUGACCACGGCGUCACGUGACGUGAUCUCAGAAUACUGCCGGUCCUGGGAUUAUAAGAGGAGUAAACGAGAGAGAUGUCUGUAUAUACCGUACGAGCCGGAGGAGAUGUACGACCUCUUCAUAGACAGUCUACAGCUUGACAUCAUCACACACUGUAUCAUGUCUGACGGUAGGAUUCAUAGAAAGAUCAGUGAACGUUUGAAAAUACCCAGAGAAAUACUGUAUUGGGACAUAGAUGCAAGAAAAAGAUUCGUCAAGAUUUCAAGUCAAGGCAGUGUAAACAUGUGUCGAGCCAGAGGCAUGAUAGUGGGAUGCGCAGGCGCAGGAAAAACGACUCUUCUUAGGAGACUUCAAAGGGAAAACAAAGAAGAAAACAAACAACCAACUGAGACAACCGUCGGUCUUGAUAUCCAUGAGGAUUUGUUCGAAAUUAAAGAUGAUACGUUAAUAGAUUAUGAUAAACAUGGAACAAAAUCCGACAGGACUUCUAGCAGCACAGAUGGCAGACAACUUAUUAGUAUGACGGAUUUUGCUGGACAAGUAGCGUAUUACGCGUGUCACCAGAUUUACCUCUCCAGAAGAGCCUUUUAUCUCGUGGUGGUUGACAUGUCUAAAGAUCUGGAGGAGAAAGCUAUGUCAUACGACACUGACCGACACAGUCCCUUAGGAUCUUUAUUUCAUUACUGGACAUUUGCAGACUACUUUGUGUUUUGGCUGCGAUCCAUUAAAACCUACUGUGAGGAUGGGGAAUCUAAAGAAAGUCGUAAUAAUGACACCAAAGCCACCCCUGUUAUCCUGAUUGCCUCUCAUCAUGACUGUGUAAAGGAGUGGAAACAAACCACGUCCAGCCAAACUGCAUUCUAUGACGCGCUGGAGAAAUGUUUGCCCAAAGAACAUACAUUAAAUGAUCACAUUUCGCCUACACGGUACUACGAGAUUGAAUGUCCACAUGGAGAAUUGAAUGAACAUCAGGAAGAGGCAAUAGAACAAAUCAGAAAAUAUCCAACUCACGCACACGCAGCAUGCAGAAGGGUUCAAGAAUGGGAAAUUUUCAUGAAUAACGGGAUGAUUUCAGAUUCAACGCUAAUCAAGAUUUGGAGCGAAAACAAAAAACAAUCCUAUGUUCUUGAAAAAGAUCAUAUCAUACCUUACAUGGAAAAACUUGGUAUCCUUGCAAAAAUGAAAACACAGGAAGUUGAAGUAAAGGAAACCAAACAGUCAGGAAAAGGACAAGAAUUCCUGUACUACAUCCCUAGUAUCAAUAGGACUGACUUCAAAAAGGAAGGUUUUGUCUUGUACAAUAACGGAAAUAGGACCCCGAUUUUGCUUUUUUCUUUCAAAACUUACAUUCCACACUUCUUUUUCUUUAGACUUGUUGCUAUAUGUUUUUCGAAGUGGGAAUUUUUGAGUGAGGACCUUCUCUGUAAAAAUAUUGCUUUUUACAAGGAAAAGGGUGGUGAUAUAAACAUUGCUAUUGCUGUUAAUAAAACGUCAAUUCAAUUGCAAGCGUUUACUCCAGAUAAUAAGAUCAAGCUAUCAAUCACAGAUACAAAAAAGAUCAGAAUUCAAAUUGAACAAAUGCUUAGGGUGCUGACCACCACUUUCCAUCACCAAGUUCCCUAUGAAGUUGGAUAUCCUUGUAAGGAAAUAAAAAUCACUGAAGAAGAUGAAAAUUAUUUCUUACCAGAGGAAAAGAUUGCAGACCUGAAAACCAAUAAGCGAAUUUGCCCAAAUUGUAUUAAAAGAAAUCAUGAAAAUCAUCAGAUUGUUCGUGAUGAUCUGCUGCAUUAUUGGUACAAGAGAGGUGUUGGCAGAGAUCAAAAAAGGAAAUGA